GGAAAUUAUCUACGGAAGCCAGCCGGGGCCAGGCUUAAUUAAGCAAAGAACAGUCGAAAUUCAGGACUAGGUUCUGUGGGAUCAGGGGCAAGAAAUUGAGGACCAUUACGGGGGGCAAAGGGUUUGGUGCAGCGGAAGUAUUGCGUCGGAGCUUUCACAGGCCCAGGUUCGGUAGAUCGUCAGUGCAAUUGAGGAAGCCAACAGUGGGCCAAGUGCACUUACUGUUGGAAGAGGAGUACAGGGUUCUGUUUCUCUCUGGUUUCUUGUCUGGGUUCAUUCAAGGAUGGCUCCUUCGGGCAGCAAAAAGUUCUGGGCCAAAGACGACGAUUUUCAAUGGAAGACACUCCAAGUGCCCAAACUUACCGGAGCCAAUCCUGGUGACCCUAGUGAGGAUGGUCAGGAAGAUUUUCAGAUGAUGGAUGUCUCCAAUGACCAAGUACCACUCCCCAGUGGUUUGACGGUCUGCAAAGAUUUUCUGUCCCAAGAAGAAGCUUCCAAUUUGUACCGAGAGAUUCAAUGCUAUGAGUUUAGUUGGGAAGGCUUUGAACAGCGACGUAAGGUCAAACGCUUUAUGGUACCAAAAGAAGAAACGAAAGACAAUGAUUGCGGCAGCACUACUACUAGUAGUACUCCUAUUCCACACAAUCUACAGUUGCUCAUUGACCGAGUUGGCCAAUCCACGGGACACUUUCCACAGCACGUAUGCGUGGAAGAACACAACAGUCUACAUACUCUCAAAGUCACUCAGUACGGAUCCAAUGGCUACAAUUCCGUCUUGACUAGUUUUGAGACACUUGUCCAACCAGAAUCCACUUCUUGUUUUGUAGCUCAAAUUCCACUCGGAGGAUCCGCGGUCCAACAUUUGAACAAACCCAAACGACGACAUCCGACCUGCUUUGACUUGGAAUCCACACAGCAUUGGACCGAUGUACGACUGGAUGCCAACACGUUACUCGUCAAGCAAGACGACUGCCUCUGGAAUUGGAGAUCACGAGUUUCGGCCAUUCCACCUCCAGCAGACAACAACAAGAAUCAAGACACUACUACUACUUUUAUCAUUCUCAAAUUGUACACAUUGCCCGACGACAAUACUACUUCCGAAUCAUCAUCUUUUGCUAAUAACAUGCCAUCCAUGUCUCGAAAAGACUCUUCGGAUGGCAUUGAUUACGAUGCCUUUGGAUACAUGGGAGGAGUACAACCACCAAUCGACAGUCCCAUGCCUCCAUUACAAGAUAUUCUCACCAUUAUUGUCACCACCUCUCCUAUUCCCUCCAAUCCAUCGACGGACGUGAUUGAAAAAACAUUUGCCUGUUUCAGCCAGGGAGGUACGGAGUUUGCCUACCACUGUCGCAAGGUGAUUGUCUGUGAUGGAGUGCGCACCCAAGACAAUGGGGAAGAAGUCGUCAGUCGCAAACACACCAAUCCCAAACAAGCCAUGCGCAAUGGGAUUUGCAACGUCGAACAGACCGACCGAUACCAACAAUACAAACAGGCACUGCGUCAUCUCUGUACCACGGCCGGACCCGAUUCACCCUUUUGGAAUACCGACAUUGAAGAAUUGCCCACACGACACGGAUACGGAUUUGCUCUGGGUCAUACAUUGCGCGAGUGCAUUACAACACCUUACGUGUGCGUCAUUCAACACGAUCGGACCAUUAUGCGUCCCACUCCCAUUAUCGAAACGAUGCGGGCCAUGUGGCAUCAUCGUCACAUCAAAUACGUGACCAUGAGUAUGAGGAGUAACUUGAUGUACAAGGACUACUUUAUUGGCAAAUAUGGCAAGACGUAUCAUGCCGACUUUGACGAUAUGAUUCUUCGAUUGCCACAACUGUGUUUGGAUGCUUCCUUGUACGGUCCGGACAGUCAUUCGACUGAAAACAUUACGUACAAUACACCCAAAGUACGAGAAAGUUAUCAGGGACUCCGAAAAAACUAUCUCAUGAGCAAAACGUAUCAGGGACAACAUGCGUGGUUACAAGAACACGCCCACGAACUGGAACCCGGCAAGCAUCAGUUGACCCUGACACCGACUCUGUUCUGGUAUGACAACGUACAUAUUGCCGAAACGGCGCAUUAUCGAGACUUUGUCUUUGAUCCAAUCUACAAAAUGGUCAAAAAGGGUGGAUUUGUGGAAGACAAGCUCAGUCCAGUGUUGACACGCACGUUGGAAAAGCUGGGGCUGCGAGAAGGGCACUCGCGGUUUGGUUGUUACCUAUUGGAUGAUCAUUCGGGGUAUUUCUUUACGGGGCAUACUGACGGUGGCAACUAUAAGACCAAGGCGGAAAAGAUGGCACUCAAGGAACAGAGUUUGCAGGCCGAGGAGACUGUCAAUGGGGUGGAACAAUCCAGGAGGGACAACGAAGCAUUAUAGGGGGCUUGAUAGAUAGUGAUUGAUAAAGCUUGUACUCUCAGCUCGAGGGAAUCUUUUUGUGCCUAUAGCGCUUCCGGUUGUA